AUGAGCAGAGACUCGAAUACAGCGGAGGUGAAUGAUGUAUCGCAAGAUGCAAAAGAGCUAGCUGAUGAGCCGAAGCGUGAGAAGGAAUCUGCAAUAUCUGAGGAGCAAGUCGACGUCGAGAUGAUCGCGGAUACACCUGCAUCAUCUGAGAGCGUAAUAGAAUCAGCACUGCCUUGUGCCUCGAUGGAGAAUGUGGAUACGGGAGAGUUAAAGAAUUCCGAAGAGGCUGUUUGUGAUGUUGCCGUAACGACUACUAUCGACUCUCCAGCAUUAAUGAUGUCACGCGAUGAUAUGGCGAAAAUUGAGGAGGACAGCGGUCGGUUGAAAUUUGACGUGAUCACGAACGAUGGAACAGACGAGCAUAUGAUUCAGCUUACCACACUGAAAAACAUCUUUGCGAAACAACUUCCGAAAAUGCCGAAGGAAUACAUUGUCCGACUAGUAUUUGAUAAGAACCACCGAUCAAUGCUCCUUUUGAAAAAUGGGAAACACGUCAUCGGAGGCAUCUGCUACAGGCCAUUUGAGUCCAACCACUUUGCAGAAAUUGCGUUUUGCGCCAUAAAUGCUUCCGAUCAGGUGAAAGGAUACGGCACACGCCUUAUGAAUCACUUGAAGGAAUAUGUUAAGAUCAAAAACAUUACAUACUUUCUCACUUAUGCCGACAAUUAUGCCAUUGGCUACUUCAAGAAGCAAGGUUUCACAAAAAAUGUAUCGAUGGAUCGGCCAAAUUGGUACGGCUACAUUAAGGACUACGACGGUGGAACUCUAAUGGAAUGCACGAUCCACACUCAGAUUAAUUAUUUGAGGAUCACGUCGAUGAUUCAUCAACAGCGCAAGGCAAUUCAAGAUAAAAUACGUGAACGUUCUCGCGCCAAGACAGUAUACCCUGGUCUGACGAUGUUUGCAGAUGGCAGGCUAAUGGACAUUUAUAUGGUUCCCGGCGUGAAGGAAGCUGGGUGGUCACAAGCAACGAUUCGUAAUAGCCGCAUUGGAACUCGCGACCAAGGCAGCUUAAAGUCGCAACUCUUGCAGCUUCUGAAGGCUGUGUCAAACCAUCGUAGCGCAUGGCCAUUCCAUGAGCCUGUUGACACUUCCGUGGUGGUCGACUACCUAGACCACGUAAAAGAUCCUGUGGACCUUCAGCUUAUUAGCAAGCGCAUUGACAGCGGGGCAUAUAUUUCAAAAGCGGCGUUGAAGGCGGAUUUAGACAAGAUGUGCGACAACUGCACGCUUUACAAUACUCCGGACACAAAUUACUACAAAGCUGCUGCCGACCUUCGGGAAUUUAUUCAGGCUCGAAUUCCGAUAAGAGAUCAGAAGUGA